AUGAUGAAGGGAACGAAACGACCAUCGACUUCUCCCAAUGAUGAUCCAGAAAAGAAGAAGAAACUACAAAUUCGAUUGAACGAAAGAACUUCGUUGACUUGUAUCGAACACUUUUCUAACGAGUUAUUCUAUGAAAUCUUCGAUUAUCUCGAUGGUAUCGAUAUCUACAAUACUUUCACCGAUCUCAAUUAUCGUUUUCAUCAAAAUCAAACUCAACGAUUGGGAAUCAAAUACAAACAUUUUCUACAUAUGAACAAACAUCAAAUCUUUUCUCUGAAUUUAUCGAAAUCAACACGUCAUGGUUUGUUUUUUCCCGAUUUUACCAUCACUUCAUCAUUUAUUCGACUUCAAUCACUUUCUAUUGAAGGAAUUCAAUUAAAUCUUCUCAUUUCACUUCUUCUCAAAUUGACUCGUUUACCUUGUCUUUUCUCUUUGACUAUUAAUGGAUUUAACACAUUUUCCAAUCUCACUAAUAUCUAUCGAUUAAUCUAUGCAUUACCGAAAUUGAAAUAUAACAAAUUUUGUUAUUAUGAUGAUCAUAGUUUCACUUCAUUAUCAAAAGCUAAAGAAAAACAUUUCAGUCCAAUUGAAUAUCUUAUUCUUGAUCAUCCUUGUACUUUUCAAGAACUUUUCUCAUUAAUUUCUUAUACUCCACAUCUUCAUCGUUUAAUAUUUCUACACAAAUGGUUUAUACAGGAUGAAAAUUUCAAUAAAAUCUCAUCGAUUCAUCUUCCAUAUUUAUCUCAUCUCACUAUCAAUUCUUAUUAUGGAACAUUUGAUGAUUUUCAAAUCUUUAUUAGCAAAAUUCAUUGUAAAUUAACCAUUUUGAAUCUUUUUAUAGUAUCUUCUGACAUCACUUUUCUCUCGGGUGAUCGAUGGCAAAGAUUUCUCAUUCAAUAUUUACCUCAUUUAGUGGAAUUUUCUUUCAAAUAUUCUUUAUCUUUUGAUGAUAUUCAUGAAAAUAUGAACUUCGAUCGAAAUAUGAAAAAUCAAUUUAAUUCUUCAUUUUGGAUUCAACAAAAUUGGAUUCUUGAUGUUGAAAUUGAAUUGAAUGCCAUUGUUUAUUCAAUCAAACCAUUUUGGAAACAUUUCAAUAAAAAUUUACAUUGGUUUUAUCAACAACAAAAUUAUUCAAUGGAAUUAUCAAAUAAACUUUCGAAAACAACACGAUUAGUCAUUAUUUAUGAAUUAUUUAAUGACAAUAUGUAUGAUUUACUUUCAUAUAUUGAUCAUAUAUUCAAUAUAACAGAUAUUUAUCAUUUAGAAAUCUUAGAAGAUAUUUCUUUUACUGAAUUAACUGAAAUUCUCUCGGUAUUUCAUCAACUUCAUUCAUUACAACUUUAUACAUUCUCAUCAAAAGUGAAAAUUUCUAUGUUAAAUGAAGAUAUUUUAUGUUAUAUUACGAAAAAACAACGAAAUUCAAUAAAACAAUUCAAACUGAUGAAAUUGAGAAAAAUUGAUGAAAUGGAUUUUCUUAUGAAAUUAUUUCCUCGAUUAAUUUAUCUUAAAAUCAACGAUAUAACUCAUCUAAAUGUUAAACAAUUUGUUCAACAUAUGUUUAAUCAAAUGAAUAGGAAAUCCCAUCGUUAUUUACGAUCGAUUUGUUUUCGAAUUUCAACAAUGACAAAUGAUUUGUUCGAAGAAUUAAAACAAAUUAUUAAUCAAAAAAGAAUCUUUUCUUGUUUUACAAUUCAAUGGAGAUCAAAUGAAAUUUAUAUCGAAUUAAAAGAAUAA